AUGAGAGGGGUAUAUGAGGAGCAGUACAAUGCAUUGGGCACAUACAAGAAGCCUUACGGACCUUUCUCAGAAUCUUACAAUCCUGAAUCGGCUCAGGAGAAAGAAGAGCAAACAAAAAUUCUGGUAAAUGUGCCCUUCCCCCAAGCUCUCCGACCUGCUGGGAAAGUGCUGGAAAAUCAAAGUGAGAUCCUGGAGCACUUGACACAAUUGAAGAUCAAUUUUCCUUUACUACAUGUGAUCAAGCAAGUGCCAGCCUACGCCAAGGUUAUAAAGGAUCUGUGCACUAUAAAGAGAAAGCACCAUGUCAAGAAGACUACAUUCUCGACGGAACAAGUGAGCACGGUGAUUGAGCAGAAGACACCGUUGAAGUACAAAGAUCCUGGUCUUGGAGAUAUUAAGCCCACAUAUGUGGUUCUGCAACUGGCCGAUCGAUCUAUUAAGAGACCACGAGGAAUAGUGGAAGAUGUGUUAUUGCAAGUUGAUAAGUUCUACUAUCCUGUGGAUUUCGUUGUUUUGGACACUCAGUCAGUGGUUAAUGUGGAGUCCAAAAUCCCGAUCAUCCUUGGAAGAUCAUUCCUCGCGACAACAAAUGCUCUAAUUAAUUGUAGAAAUGGUCUAAUGAAGAUCUCUUUUGGGAAUAUGACUCUCGAGGUAAAUAUUUUCAACAUUGUAAAACAACCACAAGGUGAUGACGAAUGUCACCAAACAUUCCUGAUCGACAAACUUGUCGAGGAGGAGGUUCUGCUACAAAGUAACUUUGAAGAUCUUGAAAAUCUCCUCCAAAAUUCUGAAUCUGAAAGUUCCGGUCCUUGUGAGUUGGCUAACAUUUCUGCCAUUUUCAACAACUCACAGGAUAGAGGAAUUAAGUUUAAGCAACUUCAGUGGUUGAUGUGGAGUCAAAAAUCCCGAUCAUCCUUGGAAGACCAUUCCUCGCGACAGCAAAUGCUCUAA